AUGAACCGACCAGGGUUUGAUCCCAGGCGUCCCGACUUCGAGAAAACCAUUCCGGAAGACAGUUCUAGUUAUAAAUUACCUUUCCUCUUCAAUCCUCCUGGUGGUGAUACUAAACUGGCUAUUAAAGCUAGCAGACAGUCCUUACGGAAUCGGAUAGUGAAAGUACAGAGCGCUGUCAUUGCUAUACUAAGCGUAUUUGUGGCCAUUAGCCUAGCUGGCAGGGAAGACAGACUGGCUCAGACAGAUGAUUUAGAAAAAAUGCUCAGAGAUCUGGAGGAUGCGCCAGGUAAUGGCAGGAAAGGGCCUCCCAUAUACAGUGUAGAUCAUGCUGUUACAAGGGCCAGUUUCAAGAAAGAAAACGUUACACAAACAAAUUCUGCAGGUAAACCAGAGAUGAGAGAAGAGGACGUUUUGGAUGAAAUAGCAGAAGUCAUACAAAAGUACAGACGACAGGAGAAUGAAAACACAGAACAUCAUGCAACUGGAAUAUACAAUUCACAUACAGAUGCUCCGUCUGUGCAGAAGACAUUACCUCCUUCCACAACUGUUAUAAAUGAAAACCCAGAGACAGUUACGGACAAUCAGUCGGGAUCCAUAGAUAGAAAAGACAGGCAGACACUAUUAAAAGAACUCAUAAAACUUUUGGACAGUUACAAGAAAGAGCGGAUACCAACAACACAUACCGUCCCUACCGUACCUACAACAAUCUCUAAAACUACGGUGACCCCCACACUUAUAGAUUCAGUACGUUUGGAGAGUCUGACGGAUGAAGCACUGGACUUAGCUGUUCGAGCUGUCCGACUUUUCCUACACAUGUCCCAGGAAUAGCUUAUUAAUGAGAGGAAGUCGGG